GGGAGCGAGGGAGGGCGAACCCGGGCGGGCAGCUCCGAGCCCAGAGUGGCGACCCGGCGCGAGCAUCCAGCGCGGGAGGACGGAGAGCAGCAGCAUGAGCACCCCCCAGCCCGCCGCGCCAGAGCUGAGCCCGGCUGAGGAGGCUGGAGGCCCAGUAAGGCAGGCUGUGCAAAGCUCCCGGGAGAAGGGCCUUCGGCUGGGCCAGCGACUGCCCUCGAUCGUGGUGGAGCCCAGCGAGGUGGGUUCUGUGGAGAGUGGGGAGCUGCGUUGGCCCCCAGAGGGUGCCCUGAGGGGGUCAGCCCAGAGCCAGGUUGCUUCUGCCCCCUCACCGAGUCUGCCAGGAGCGCCAGGGAGGGUUCCAGAUGAUGCUGGCAGUGAGUGCGGCAGGUGCCAGGCCCAGACCCCCCAGUGAGGAGACAGGGACAUGGCUGGGAUCUCAUGUGCGAGGGCCCUAGCACACCCUGCCCCUGACUCCUGCUCGCUGACAGCUGAGAGGCCCCGGGGCUGAUGCUUGGAGCGGGGAGAGCAAAGCCUCAUGGGGUGUGGCCGGGACCACGGCCUGUCCCCUCCCAUCCACAGCCCCCGCCAUCACGUCCCCCUGGUUCCUUGGUUUGAAGCAGAAAUAAAGGCUCUUCCCGGUA